GGACGUCGGGCCGCUCGAGAGCCGCGCUGGAAUCGCUCGCGCCGUGGGCGCCUGCCACGCGCUUCUCGCGCCGAGAUGCGCGUCGCGGUGGCUCGGGCUGCCGGCCACCUCCGCCGAGGGGCUCGGGCUCGUCGGGCAGGAGAUCGACGGGCGCGUCGUGGAGAAGGGCGAUCUGGUGGCGCCGCUGGCGCGGGCUCUCCCGGUGGGGUUCGCCCGGGGCCCGUGCGUCGGCCAGACAGUCGGCGAGGCGCUGUCGUUCGGGGCCGAGGGGCACUGCGUGCUCGUGGGCAACCUCGGCAUGAUGGGCGAGGCCUCCGCGGCCUUGGCCGACGUGCUUCG